GUGGCAUAAGCCGCUGAAUCAAGUUUAAUUCUGUACUACACCAUCUGUUGUUCGUACGUUUAAUUUGUGUGUAUUUUAACAAAAAUAAUAAUAUAGAAAAUGUCGUGAGUGAUCUUUAUUUCAAAAAAAAAAAUUUUGUCGUGUGUGUUGUGUUUAUCGAUUGUAUAAAUUAAUCUGUUUUGAUUCGACACCGUAUUUUCGAAGAGGAAUUAAAAGGAAAGCCAAGUCAAAUUAAUCCUUUGCCGAGCGUUUUUAAGAGAAUAAAAUGAACCAGAAACUUUGAUUUCGAAACCGCCAAACUAAAUUCAAAACACGAAUUUAAGAACUUCGAAUCAAAAAUUAAAAAAAAUUGUUCGACACCUUUAAAAAAACAGAGUUAACUUAACACCCAGUACAUCGUACAGUUAAGGAUUAUUAAGUUGUUUUAAUUGUCACAUUAAAUGUUUAAAUGAAACAAUUUAACCGGGAAAAAAUUUAAAAUAAAAAGGAAAAUAUCACUUCAGACAAACAAGUACAGGGAUUAAUUUAACAUAAAUGUUUUUUGUAAUUUAACACGAUUUUGUAAUAAAAUAAAAUUAAAAAAAGUGAAAAAUUUACACGACUCAUCGAAAAGGAACCUAAGUUUUGUUGUUACGUGUGUUGAUAAGGACAUUUUCGGUAACAAAACGGAAGCAAGGAAUAAAAAAUCAUUUUCCAUAUUUUCUUGCAACUCGAUGUACUAAUAUAACCUGUUGUUAUCGAUUCAUUGUUUUUAAACUGGUAACGUUUGUGUGUUCGGCGAUACAACGGAUUGAAUGAAAGGUUUUCGUUCGGAACGAAUAAAGUGAAAAGUGAAUAAGAAAAACUUUGUCUUUCCUCGAUUUGACGUGUCUAUACUCAAAGACGGAUAAUUAUUUUUCUUUCGUAAUAUCUUUAGACGUUAUUUGUUUACCAAAUUUUUAGUUUUGUUACCUUGUGUCCUGCAUUAAGGAAGAAAAACAGAAGAAAUUUUCUUUGGUUCUAUUUCGGAUAAAAACUAUUCGAAACGAUUCAUUAAUCCCAAAUAUUAACUCAUCUUAUUAAUAUCCUUCAGCUCAUCGAUCAGGAUUUAAAAGUGCCUCACUAUGUUUGUCGUUCGUGUAACUAUCAAUGUUGUAAAUUCAAUGGAAAUUUGUGUAUUUAAUUUGUGAAAACAUUUUUAAUUUUCCAAAAGAAAAAUCAGAAAUUUUCAGUUUAUCAUUUUGUGUUUUCCAAACCAAAACCGACGGAUUUAAAAUUAAACGAAAAAGCAAAAACCAAUAUUUAAAAGAGCGAAUAAAAAUUAAAAAUUCUGCAAAGUAAAUAAAAUCUACAUGUGACAAACAAAAUGAAAAUUUUUUGAGUUUGAUUUUGAUGUGAAUUUGUGUUAAUCAAUUUAAAUUAUUAAAAAAAAGAAACAACGGGAAAAAUCACAAUUGGAAAGUGAAAUUCAUACCACGAAAUUGUUUUUUUUAUCUAAUUGAAACUUUCUCUUCCAAAUAUAAUAAAAAAAAAGAAAUCAACCAAAAUAUCGUUAAAAAUGUGCUUUGUGGAACGAAGAGCAUAAAAGUCUUGGCUUGUAGCUUCAUCUGCACACACACAGAAAAAAUAGACCCAAAGAAAGACGAAAAAAACGGAAAAUCUAUUAUAUUGUUGUUGUUAAAUAUACCGAACAUAUAAGAGGAUUUCCCUCAUUCGGGAGAAUAGAAAAAAAAAAUAAUAUGCGAGGCAAUUUUCAUCAUUUAUCUUUGCAUGAGUGACUCACUUUAUAUACAAAUAGGAAGAUAGAUAGAUGGAUAUGUACAUACAUCUAUAUAUGGUGAAGUGUGUGAUAUAACGAGUGCUAUGUAUAAAUGAUUCUUUAUAUUGUGAUACAAUGUUUAUAUAAAAUUGUAUUGUAUAUGACGAUACACAUUAGACAACUAUAACUACAACGUGGUAUAAACAUAAUGUGAUUUGUGAUAAAAAUACACAAAACAUAUAUAUACUGGGAAAACAGAUAAGGACUAUACUUUUAUCCGGCACACUGUGUUUUGUAUUCAUCUAUAAACAUAUCCCAGUUCUUUAUCAAAUUCGGUGAUGUGUUGGCUAUAAAACACUGUAUAUGUAUAUGAUAUGUACAUGUGAUUACCCAAAAGAUUGGAUUAAUUUGAAGACACCCCAUCGAAACGAAGUUGAUUAAAUGGAUUACGGUUUUUUUGUGUGUGUACUUUUAUCGACAAAAUAAUAAAAUUCGUUUUUAUUAUUAGCCUGGAUCAUUCGGUUUAAUUGUACGAAAGUGAGAGAUUUGAGUCCAAGAUUAUCGUAUAAAAUCCACAAAUGUUGGCCUUUCAUAACGAACAGAUUUCGAGUUGCGCUUUUUUGACGUACUUCAAUCCAGAAAGUGCAGCAACAGCACAAAGCGCGUUGCACGAGAAACAAGCGUUACCUGGGGUAUGUUAUCUUCCAGCAAAAUAUUGUUACAGCCAAGAAUGUGGUGACGUCAAAUUAAUGAACCGUCCUAUUCAAGUUAAGCCAGCGGAUAGUGAAAACCGCGGUGAUCGUAAGCUGUUUGUUGGUAUGCUGAGUAAGCAGCAGUCAGAAGAGGAUGUAAGACAAUUGUUUACACCAUUUGGGACUAUCGAAGAGUGUACGAUUCUCAGAGGACCAGACGGUGCUAGCAAAGGUUGUGCUUUUGUCAAAUUCAGUUCUCACCAGGAAGCGCAAGCAGCUAUUACAAGUUUGCACGGAAGUCAAACUAUGCCGGUAAGUUUACAUAAAGGAGCUUCUUCAAGCUUAGUUGUUAAGUUUGCAGACACAGAAAAGGAACGGCAAUUGAGACGUAUGCAGCAAAUGGCCGGCCACAUGAAUUUAUUGAAUCCAUUUGUGUUUAAUCAAUUCGGAGCAUAUGGAGCAUACGCACAACAACAGCAGGCACUAAUGGCAGCUGCUACAGCACAAGGUACUUAUAUUAAUCCAAUGGCAGCAUUGGCUACACAAAUACCUCAUGCUCUAAAUGGUUCGGGACAACCGGUAAAUGGAACUAUACCAUCACUACCAUCACCAACGAUGCCAACAUUCAAUAUGGCCGCUCAAACGCCAAAUGGUCAACCUGCUGGAACAGAAGCCGUUUACACAAAUGGAAUACCUCAAUCUUAUGCUGGACAUGCAUUGCACUUGUCUAUUCCUGCCCAAGGACUUCCAAAUGGCGAAACUGCGUUACAACAUGCAGCUUAUCCAGGAAUGCAACCGUAUCCUGGCGUUGAUGAGUACAUCUAUCGGUAUGCAGUUUGUUCGCCAUCAUCAAUAACGUACUCGACCCCGAGCCCGUCAGUAUCAGCUUACCCUGCCGUUUAUGGACAAUUUCCACAAGCUAUACCACAACCAUUAGCAGCUGUUGCUUCAAGUCAACGAGAAGAUUUUUUGAUGUUUCCAGGAUGUUCGAUUAGCGGGCCAGAAGGCUGCAAUUUGUUUAUUUAUCAUCUACCGCAAGAAUUCGGUGAUGCUGAACUAAUGCAAAUGUUUCUUCCAUUUGGCAAUGUAAUCAGUUCAAAGGUAUUCAUCGAUCGCGCAACAAAUCAAAGCAAAUGUUUUGGUUUUGUGUCAUUUGAUAAUCCAGCCAGUGCUCAAGCAGCUAUUCAGGCAAUGAAUGGUUUUCAGAUUGGAAUGAAAAGACUGAAAGUACAGCUUAAAAGACCAAAAGAUGCGAGCAGGCCUUAUUAACAAAAGGACUGCAACAACAACUUAAUGUCUUCGUAGAUGAAGCUCUAUAUAAAACUUAAAUUAAAACCGUAAUUGUAUCAACAACACACUCACAAAGUACAUUCAUUUUAUAAAAUUAUAUAAAAAAGAAUAUGAUACACACACCUUAUAUAUAUAAAAUAAACUAAAAAAAAGUUGUACGGAGAAUACGAAAAUUGUGGGUUUUUCGAGCCAGUGUGUGGCAAAUCGGGGAAAUAUUUUUUUUUUGUAUGGCUGCGUGUGUAUUACACACUGUGUAUGUGUGUGUGUAUGUGCGAUAAAAUAAUAAAUAUAAAAGAAACGAAGAGAAAAAAAAAUUAAAUAAAACACAAACAAUGAGAAACAUUUUCAGUAUAUUGUUAAAUCGAGAAAACUCAAUUAGCGAAAAGUUUGUGAGAAAGAAAAUUUUAUUAUAAUUUUAGACUUUUGACUUUAAAAAAAAGUUUCAAUCGCAAGUAUGAUGAAAAAAAAACUUUCUGCAAAUUUAUUUUUCUUUGUUAUCUCCUUCUUCGUCUUAUGGGUUAAUAUACUUCGGUUAAGUUUUUCUUUAUGAAUUUUUAUCGUCAAAACGUUUCUGUAUGUGUUGACACAUCUCAGUAACUUUUUUUUUCAUUCCUCGGCCAUAAUUAUUUCCAUUAUUCCGUCACACAAUUUUUGUUCUGAGUAAAUAGAAAGAGAAUGAAAAGAGGAGAGAAUAUGUGAUCCUGUUAUCAUUGCAACCAAACUCUUCAUUAAAAGAAGAAUUUGAAGAAAAAAAAUAUUGUUGAAUUUGGGGGUCAAUUUCGUAAAAUGAGGAAAAUUUCUUGAUAAAAAUAAAAUUAGUGGAAAAAAGGAAACCAAUACAACCAACUAAAUAAAACAAAUCGUCAAAAUAAAAUAACUAAAGUAAAUGUCUGACCAAAUUGCCCUCGCGAAACGCAUUUUCUUUAUUAUUUAAAUCCAAUUAUUUUCCAUGUUAUAAAUAUAGUACGGUAUAUUAUGUGUACACAUGGAUCUUUGAUUCUCAUCUAUUCAGAAUUGACGUCCAAAUUAAGUGAAGAUCUGUUUGUUUAGUGGAAAAGAGUAUUCACUUAAAAAUAAAAACAACCAAAGUAUUUAUUGUGAAUAUUUUUUUUUUGUCAAAAAAUGAAAAUGUUCUGUAAUUAAUUUAUAUUUUUUUGUUUAAUAAAUCAAAAGAGAAGAAAAAAAAAAGAUGAUAAAAAUGCCGAUCACUUAGUAUACUAGCUAGUCAAUAAUAAUUUAAAUUUAAAAAAAGGAGAAAAAAAUAUAUUAAACAAAAACAUAAUGUUAUUUAAUCGCUUCAGUCUAUCACAAUAUAUUAACUACUAAUAUUUAAAAUGCAUUUUUCACUUUAAAACAAAAAAUGAAAAUUUACUGAUUUAAAUAAAUAAAUUUGAUUUUUUCUAUAUUUUUCUUAAAAACAUGAAAAAAAAGUUUCUUUAAUAAUAAAAACAAAAGUGGAGAGGAUGUACAUUAAUUUUGUGAAACAGCAAAACUUCAAACAAAACAGGCCAGAGGGUACGAUGUUCUCUAUUAAAUUGGUAAGUCUUUUUAUAAAGAUUUUUUGCGCUUUCUUUUUUGUUUUAAUUUAAAUGAAAAAAGAUAUUUUUUGUUUUAUUUUGCAUAAUAUUAUUCAUUAUGUGUAAAUAUUUAAAAAAAACCAUUUGUAUAAAAAAAUAAAAUUAAAUUAAUCUACAGCUAAGAAAAGCCAAAAAAAUAUGAGAAAGAAUUACUUAAUUAUAUUCGUAAUAACAAAAUAAAUAAAUAUGAAAAAAUGGGCAUAUAUUUAUAUACUUACAAUUAUGAAUAAUAUUAAAAAUUAAGAAAAACAAGUAAAAUUAAACAAAUAAAAACAAAACAUUAAAAAAUUAUCUAUUCAUAAAUGCGAUAGAAUUUCGUUAUUACAUUUUAAAUUUAAAUCUAAUGAUAAUAAAACUGAAACAUUAGCUUAUUUCUAGUCAAAGAAAACCAAAAAAAAAUUAAUUGGAAAAAUUUAAAUUAAAUUUUUAAUUAAAAAAACAAAAAUUAAAUUAAAUUGUGGUGUUAAAUUGUUACGAAAUCUGUCAAUUGGCAACAUAUCGAGAAAGAGAAAAACAAACAAACAAAACUACAAAACCGAUAGAAAGAGAAAACCAAAGAAAAACUGAAACGGUUAUGUUUCGUCAACCGGAUAUUGCAUUUAAAUUUGUUUCCAUUUUCUUUUCUUUCUUUUUUCGUUUACUCGUUCCCGAUAUAUUAGAAUUAUAAUUCACUCGCUAUCGAGGUCUUGUGUACAUUCGAACGACUCAAAAGUAAUUUUGUUGAUUCCAUUUUCAUUCACGAGAAUAUAUAUAUAUGUGUAUAGGCUGGUGGGUACGCAAAUGAAGGGUCCUAGCGGGGAAACGCACCGAUGCAAGUAAUAUUAUAAUCAGCAUUUCCCUUUGAUAAAUUUGCAAAUUUGGUUGGAUUGUUUUUUUCUCCGGUUACCAUAUAAUCAAAGACGGACUAUGAUUAUACGAGGAUUUCGUUUUUUAACCAGAGCCGUUGUCGUAUAUCGUUGUCGUUCAAAUAUUUAUUUUACUUGACACUGCCUUUAGCCUAGGUAAAAAUAUCCAACAAAAAGUCGAAGAAUUGAAUCUAUUUCAAGAACGGGUGAGGGAAGAAAAAUCAAUGAAAUAAUAUUCCAGAAUUAGCUCAUGUGAUGCACCCCAGUAAAAACAGAAUUCACAAAAGCUCGAAAUGCGUAGUCUCACGGUCGCAAAAUACAUGGGACUAAUUGAGAAGGUGAUAUUUUGACCGAAAAAUGUCUUGAUACUUUCUUCCUGUGGCGCGUGUACUGCAACCUUCACCCUCAGAUAAAUAUCUACGUUGCUGAUUUCCGAUUAUAUUCCCUUCGAAAUAUCUCCGUACGAAUUAGAAAUUAUGAAAAUGCCAUUACUUAAUUAAGAAAGCACGCAUUACCAUUCACAUUAAAUUCGUCUUUCUCUCUCUCACUCUCUGUGUAUGUGUGCGGUUUAUUAUUAUUUAUACAAAAUAAAUUACUCUCAAUGGAUUUCACCAUUCUAUUUUUUAGAUAAUUUAUAUUACAAUUCAUAAUGUGGGUGUAAUUAACCAGAAAAAUAAGCAUCCCCAUGACAUAUAGUGUCGUAUAUAUUCCAUCCAAGCGUUAAACCAUUAGUCUAAUUGAAUAUUAUUCAAUAAAUGACGAAUAAAAUUUCGAGAAAAAAAAUGAAAUCGACAAAAUUAGAAAAGGUUUGUGUGUAUUGAGAGCAAUGAUUACUUCUGCUUGGACUCGUACCCGAGGUUGUGACCAACAAAAGCAAAAACUGAUCAAUAAAAUUUGGCAUUAUGGAGGUGGCAAUAAAUUACUGAAAUAACGUCGAACUCUUCAUAUUAACAUUAUCUAUUUGAAAAUUCAAAUGAUUGAAAUUUUUGAGCCUAUAAUGAAUCCCUCUUAUUGGUCAUAAAGGAGAGUAUGUGGGAGCUCCUUGGCUAUAUAAAUAUAGCCAAGUGACGUUUCAUUUCUUCGAGAUGAAAGUGAGCAGCUGAUAUUUCGUAAAUUCCGCGUUAUGUCAUCAAAUUUAGGCUGUCAGUUUUACUACGGAUGAUGGUAGCUACCAUCGUCUGUUAUAUUUUGCGUAAGUCACGUGUACUAUAUUUGCGUCCAAGACCAAAGAGUCAUUGUACUUAAAUACCGCGAAACAUUUGAUGAGAUCUUUUUGUUUCGGUAAGUAUUCAAAAGAGCAAAAAUAUUUUUUUUUUUGAUAAAUAAAACAAUAAUUCUUUCUUUCUACAAAGUAUUUUUCAGUGUAAUAAAAUGAAGAAGAAAAAAAAACGUUAUAAUAUUCCACAAAUGGGCUGUGAUUUGAAUGUAAAAUCUUUAAAACAAACCAAGAAAAAAAAUUAAAAAAAUUAAAUAUAAAACAGUUAUAUACAAAUUUGUGUAUUGUACAGUUCGUUUGUUUUCAGUGUGACUCGUGUCAAAAAAAUAUUAAAAAGAAGUUUGAUGUCGUAACCAAAUAUAAAACAAAAAAAAAUAUUUAAAAAAAUGAAUCCUUAAAAUCACACUAUUGUAUAAAUGAACAAACAUGAUAUGAUGAAUAUGAGUACCUUGAAAUUGAUAUAAUUAACCAGAACAAAAUUAAUUGUUGAUUUUCCGUUUCAACAUUUUUAUUUAUUUUUUAAUUGUCUUGCUGAUUGGAUUCAGUAUAGUAAUCUUUCAUCGGAAAAUGUUUGAUUUUUUUAAUUAAAUUAAGAACCAAAAUUUGUUUGUUUGUCAUUUUUAAUGCGUAAAAUAAUGUGAUUUUUAAAAGCUACCUAUCUAAAAUUUACAUUUAAAUGUGAAAUUUAUUUAAUUUUUUAUCAUAAAAAUCAAUUUUGUUUUUGAAUUGUUGUUAUAGCCAAAUUCAUGUCCUUUUCGGUUCGCUUUAUAAUACUUGAAUAUUCAUUCUCAAUUAUUUUUUUUUCAUUCUACGAUGUACAUUCAUAUAUAGGUUACUGACGAAAUGAACCAGAUUUCCAAGAAAAAAAUGUUGCCAAUUAACGAUUGAAAUGAAAAAUAAAAACACACAAUGAAGUGAGCAUGCCAACAAGCAUAUAAAUCAGUUUUUAAUUUUCAUUGUAGAGAGAAAUAAAGUAAAUUCAAAAGUUUUUAUUUUAUUUUUAGUAUUGUUUAUCUAAUUAAUUAUUAGAAAUAAUAUCGACUAAUAGGGUUGUAAAUAAAGGAGGAGAGAAGUAAUUUUCUUAUUAGCAGUAUAAUAAUGGGAAUUAGUGAAAUUAUUCUACUAAUUUACAAAAGUUGAAUUAAAGAAAAAUACAACACAAAAAAACGUACCAAUAUUUUACUAUUAAAAAUAUUUUAGAAAAUAAAAUUAAUGAUAAAAUUACUAAACAUCCGGAUCUGAGCAGCAUAUGAGAAGUGAGUUUUUUGUUAUUUUGUUUUAUUUUUUAGAUCUUCAUUUUCCCUGGACUAUCUAUUAACACUAUACUUGUUGCUUUGUCAUCCCACUUUGGGUAUUUCGGGUGUUUUUUUAUAUUUCAACUUUAACCAAAAGAACAGAUUCUAUAAUGAUACUCGUGAUGUGCUUUUCUAAAAAUAGUCUUUGAGUUUUACCUUCGUCAAAUCGUCAAAAUAAAUUUGAAACCCCAACGUCAAAGCAUUGUCGGUGGCUGGUAAACCUUGGCGAUCUUUAGUGCAAUAAAGUAAAACGUUUAAAUCCGAUUUUCUUUGAAAGAAUAAACCACAUUGCUACACGAUUCAUACAAUCGAGCUUACGUUUUCAAGCUUAGUGCGACAGAUAUAUCUGUGUUAUAGUAAAUUAUAUGACGAACAAUAUUGGCAACCAUCAUGUACGUGGUCAAGGGCAUCGUCUAGUGAAAACACGCGUUAGUAAAACGUAUACUGUUCAUGAUUCGAAAUGUUGUAAAUAUUUUUUUUGAUUUAAGAAAUUUACUUUCCUUUGGCUUUCCUUUGUAACUAAAACUUACUUUCUUUGUCUGAUUUUUUAAAUCUCAGCCAUUUAAUUUCUUAUUAAAUUACUCUCAUAUUCUGUGAAUAAAGUCAAUCCGCAAAAUUUACACAAUAUCCUGUACAUUGAACAAACAAAAAUGAAAGUAACUAGUAAUAGCAUGAGGAGGAAGGCGUGAGGAGCAAUUUCCCUGAAAGAAACAUAUUAUGUACAUUGGACAACCACACAAAUAAUAAUGAUAAUAGAACUGUGGAGAAAUAUCUCCGAACAAAAAUUUGUACAUUUUAAACAAAACAGAACUUUACGCAACCUACUAAUUAAUAGAGUAUUUUAAGCCAGAGAAAUUUCUUCAAUGAAAUGAGUGUAAAUUACAAAAGAAAAACAAUGAUGCACGCACGAGAUAUAAUUUCCAUGAUAGGAUUCAUUUCCGAAAAUAGAAAUUUGUACAUUAAAAUAUUUCAGAAGAAAAUGAAUUAAAUAAAAUAAAAAUAAAAAAUUAAUUAAAUUGCGGACAGUUAAAUUAAUUUCGGCUAGGGAUCAGCUACCUGAACUGAAAUUAUUGUAGAUAUUGAAAAUAAAUCUAUUUAUUCAGUUUUCGAUUUUAAUUUUUAAAAAGAUAUUUUUGUUUUCAACUUAAAUUGUAAAGUAGAUCGGCGAUGUGUGCAAUAAUUUUUCAUAUUUUUAAAUUUCGUGCAAUAACAUGGAACCUAAGUUUGCCAUAAAAUUCUAGUCGGUUUUAGAAACUAACUUCAUUUUAUUUAUUAAAUUUAUUUAGAAAUUUUCAUAAAACAUGAAGUAAAUAGUCUUUUGCGCACACAGAUUUUGAGGAAAAUUUAACACUAAAAAUAAAUUUAACUUGGAGAAAAACAAAAACGAAAAUCAAAAUGAUUUUUAUAUUUAAAACAAAAUAAAUUUAAAAAAAAAACUGAAUACGUUAGUUAGUGAAUUUGGUAUUCUUUAAUUCCAUUUCCAUUUCUUUCCUUUAUAACAAAUUUUGAAACGAGAUUCAUAGUUUGCAUUAAUCCAUAAAGAUAACAGCGAAGCACUUACUAGUUUUUACAACAAUUUACGGCUCAAAAGUAUCUAUUACGCCGUCAUAUUGAAAAUGUCAAGGAGCUCUUAGUCAAACGCAAACGAGUUUAUCCCCAAAAUUCACCCAUACUUUUAACAAAUUAACCAAAGCCAACGGUCAUAUUCGACAUAAAGUUAUUAAUUUUUCUGACUUAAAAUUAAAAGUGCAACCAAUUGAAGCUGAAGAUAUGUUAAAAUAAAAGAAUGGGGUGUUUCGUUAGAACGAUUCAGCAACUACGUUCACAGAUUGACUUUGUUCUAUCAUUGCGAAUUAUUGAAAAACAAUGAUGAUCAAGAGAAUUUCAAGUGAUAACUUGGUUCAUAAACUUUAGAAUUGUCUGAAUUUAUAAAUCAUCCCAAGCAAAUAGCGACAACAUGAAAUUUUGUAGCAAUUCGAUAAAUUUAAUUAAAGGUAUUGGCUUGGCACCUAAAGUUUUGUCGACCAUUUCUGUGUUUGACGUAGAAAAUUCAAAUUUUCAUGAAAAGUUGAAUUACACAAGAAUGAAUCAUGUCAUUAACUUCAAGAAUUGUUGUUAAAAAUAUUUUUUUCCGCAUACCAAUUUUGUAAACUUAAUUCAGUAUGCUUACAAAUACUAAAAUUCCUGACAACCCGCCCUUCCCAGUUCAAAAUGAAAACAAAUUAUUAGACACUAACUAAUACAUAGACAUGAUUUUUUGUAGUGACCAUCCAUAUUUGGAUAAUAUAUUCAAAAAUUGCCUCCAAAUUGCAUAGAAAAAUGAAAAACUUUACAAUUCUGUUUUUAGCUUAAGGCGUUUAUUUCCUAGUUAGUCCUUAAAUAUAUCUUUUUAAAAAAUCUUCUUUUUCAUCACUUUUUUCAUAGCUCUAAUAAGAAAAGAUAAAUAAAGAAAACUAUAAAAUAUAAAAAAAUAGGAUACAGGGUAUUUCUUGCAAUUAUUUAUAAUAAAAGAUUAUUAAAAUGAAUAAUAAUUUCAAUGACGUUAUAAUUUGGAAUGUUAGAGCGUAAUGGAAUUGUUGGGUUAUGGGCUCUGUUUUUGAAGAAAAGUAGAGUCCCAGAACAAACAAUUUUUCGCUAACCAAUAAUUUCAUAUUAUAACUUUCAUUUGAAUAUCUUAUAUUUAUAGAGAAAGUAAAUGAAAAAGAGAGAAAAAAAAGCGAAACAAUACAUUUAGCGCAUAAUGUAGAUUUUAAUAGAAAUUUGAAUUUAGUAUCAAAAAAAAAAAACAAAAAAAAUUAUUAAAGAGAAUAAAAAAAUGAUUAGUAUUCCCAUUGUAUUAAAUGAAAAAUAUUUUCAGUUUUUAGGUUUUUUGAUUUUGUCGAUCGAAGAACUGAUUUAAAAAAAACUGCAAAAGGAUUUUCGACAAUGUUUUCAGCUGAUAAGUUAAAGAACUGAUUAUAGAGAAAAAAAAACUUUUUUAUUCGUCACGGCAAAUCUGUGGGAAUAAUUAUUCGAAAAUUAUGAAAAAAGAAGAAGAAGAAAAUAAUCAUUUUUGAAUAUUGCUACCUCUUAAAAUGGGGACUAUUGCAUUAAUUAUAUCUUUAUAUUAAAAAAAAAAAAAAAAAACAAAUAAUAUAUUAUACAAUAUGAACCACAUAUAUAAACUAUUUAGUUAAUGAAAAUUAUUAUUAUUAUUAUGAUUA